AUGGUUCUUAUGGAGUCCUAUCUAUUCUGUGCCUCGCUACGUUUGGGAGCAUUGGUGAUCACAGGUUUUGCAAUGACCAAAAGCAUCAUUAUUAUCUAUAUAAUAUUCGUUAAUGGCAUUGGAUUUAUGAAUGAUUUAAUUCAAAUCUUUGAAACCAGCUACAGAACGAGCCAAGUGAUAAAAGGCACAAUUUAUUGGGUUGAAAAAUAUCCCCAACAGAUAUUAUAUUUUGUUUUAAUCUACCAUUUCGGGCACAUUAUAUCUUGCAUGCUAUCAGUCUACGGUGCUUAUAAGUUAAAAGGAAUCCAUGUCCUGCCAUUGGCUAUAUUCGAGGUUCUGUAUACAAUUCAAGUUGUUGUGACUGCUAUUUUUUUUCUUCGUAUCCUACGACAUUAUGUGAGUCUAUCUACCCUAAUAGCUCUGACACUUGUUGUUUACUUCUAUGCCAUCCUUGUGGUUUAUGAUACCCUGGCUCUGUUAGCAUUUAUACAAAUUUGUCAUUUGGUAUUCAGCGAAAGAUAUCAACAACUUUAUGGUACAGAUCCAUUUAAUCCCAUCUUGACGACAACUAUGGAGGACAAAUUGCAGGAAAAGAAUGAUAAACUAAGCAUUCCGCCGCCAAUUAUUAUUUAUGUAAUGCCCAAAAUGGGUCAAAAAUUAUGGCAUUUACCGCAAUCAAAAUGGUGGCAGGAGGAUAGCCCCAGAAAGGAAUCCAUCAAGGAUAGCCAGACUUCAAAGAAUUUUUAUCAAGAGGAAUUAUUAUCAAAAGCCUUGCUACGAACUGCCUUAAACGAAGGCUACUAUAAUAUUAAAACAAAUACAUAA